GACGCGACCGCCGUGUGCGCGCUCUGCGCUCCGGGUGAAGAGCAACAGCUCGGUGACUAACAACAAUCUCCAGUUGUUUCUUUCUGAUUGCGGACUAAAGAGAGCUGUUACACCGCUCAGGAGGAGGGUACUGUUUGGGCAUGAAAUCGCUACUUAAAAACCUAAUGCAAAUUCAGACUUUUAAACCCAAGCGCUGGUCCAUGUCAAGUGGCUCUUAUUGUUGAGAGCAACCGUGAAAUUAUAUUGUCUGCGAGUGAGGAUCCAAUUAGCAGCAUCCAGAAGCCUGAACAGAUCCAUGAGCCCGAAGACGACAUGCAGAAACCCGAACGAUGACUGAAAAGUGAAAGACGUGUCUGCUACUGAAGAAUUUAAACAGAUAUAUUGAUUAGUUGUGUGAAUGGAGCUCCAAGUGAUCCGCCUGACACUGGAUGUGUGAAGCCCUUCAUCCUGGUAGAUCUGGUCAGAAUUCUGGAUCGUUUGUGGAAGCAGGAAUCGCUCUGAAUGAACACCGCCAAGACGAUGGAUGUGAAGGUGGAGCCUGCUGUAGAGAUCGACAGCGAUCAUCCACCUCCUCUCCAGGUGUUCGCCCUGACGUCCACGCUGCACGGCAUCGCUCACAUCUUCUCCAACGAGAGAGUGACUGUAAGAUGCUGCCUGUGGCUGCUCUUCUUCCUCGGCUCCCUGGGCUUCCUGCUGUACGUCUGUAUGGACCGAGUACAGUUCUACCUGGAGUUUCCCUACGUCACCAAAGUGGACGAGAUCGUGGCUCCUGCCAUACUGUUCCCCGCCGUCACCAUCUGCAACCUCAACGCCUUCCGCUUCAGCAAGGUCACACGCAAUGACCUCUACCAUGCAGGAGAGCUGCUCUCAAUGCUCAACUCCAGAUACGAGAUUAGGGACGUCCAUCUGGUCGAAGAGAGCGUCCUGGAGGCUCUGAAGAUCAAAGCUGACUUCCAGAGCUUUAAGCCUCGUCCGUUUAACAUGCUGGAGUUCUAUAACCGAACGGGCCACGACAUCAGAGACAUGCUUCUGUCAUGCCACUUCAGGGGGAAGCCAUGUCGCCCUGAAAACUUCAAAGUGGUGUUCACACGCUAUGGGAAGUGCUACACAUUUAACUCUGGUGAGAGCGGUCCACCACUGCUGAGUGUGAAAGGUGGGAUGGGAAAUGGCCUGGAGCUCAUGCUGGACAUCCAGCAGGAUGAAUAUUUACCUGUGUGGGGAGAAACAGAUGAGACGUCUUUUGAAGCAGGGAUCAAAGUUCAGAUUCACAGUCAGUCUGAGCCACCGUUCAUCGAUCAGCUGGGCUUUGGCGUAGCUCCAGGAUUCCAGACCUUCGUGUCCUGCCAGGAGCAGCGGCUGGUGUUCCUGCCACCUCCUUGGGGAACCUGCAAGAUGAAUUCCCUAGACUCCGACUUCUUCAGCGCUUACAGCCUCAGCGCCUGUCGCAUCGACUGCGAGACGCGCUACCUGGUGGAGAACUGCAACUGCCGCAUGGUGCACAUGCCCGGUGAUGCCCCGUACUGCAGCCCUGAGCUCUAUAAAGUGUGCGCAGACUCGGCACUCGCGUACCUGGUGGAGAAAGAUAACGAGUACUGCAUGUGCGAGACUCCGUGCAACACCACGCGCUACAGCAAGGAGCUCUCUUUCGUCAAGAUCCCUAGCAAAGCCUCCGCAAAAUACCUCGCCAAGAAAUUCAGCAGAUCCGAGAAGUACAUCACAGACAACAUUCUUGUCCUGGACGUCUUUUUCGAAGCUCUGAACUACGAGACCAUAGAGCAGAGGAAAGCCUAUGAAGUAGCAGGAUUGCUGGGUGAUAUUGGAGGACAGAUGGGACUCUUCAUCGGAGCGAGCAUUCUCACCAUUCUCGAGCUCUUUGAUUAUCUGUAUGAGGUAGCGAAAUACAAGUUGUGUCGCUGCUCAGACAAGAAACACGAGAACAGCAGCGGCGAUCACGACAAGGUGAUGGGGCUCAAUGACGUCAAGUGUCACGUCAGCCAGUUCCAUUAAUUGCGAGAAACCGGGGCGAGCUGCGUUCCAGCUAAACCGAGUGCAGAGCUGCCGAUAAAAUGUCCCGUACGUCCAUUUUCUCCUGAGGCAUAAUACAGAUUAGAGUCACAUCGCUGUCGUUAUGCGGACUCGGAUAUACGUAUAUACACUGCAUAUAAGUAUAUAAACUUUAAAAGUCCAUUAUGACCAGACGAUCUGUGAAGACGAUGGAAUCUUUCGCAGGUUUUCCUGCUUAGAAGUAUGAAAAAAAAAAAAAACGAGAUGUUUCGUUGUGUAGAGAAAUGAGUCUGAUGAGUCUUUUUUUGUGUGUUUUCUGAACUUCGAGGCAUGUUACAGUUCUAUUCUAAAGUUUUGACGUGUUUUAGAUCUUUUUUUUUUUCAAACAUUGUCAAAACAAUGUCAAACAUUACCGCUAGAAGAUUUCUGACUGGUUGCAAUUUAUACAAUAUAAACUGCGAGGUUAGGAAUUAUUUCAGAAAACACACACUGGGAUUGAUUAUUGUGAUAUAACACUGAUGUGUUGCUAAUUUGUUUGACUGUAAAACAAACGUUUCUUUUCAUGGGGUUUACUUUUCGCUAUUUCUUUUAUUUAUGCUGCUUUCUUCCAAUUUAUUCCCACUAGCUACUGUAGAUCUCCGCUAUCACGCAACUAAUGCUAAUUGCUUUGUUUAUGUGGUAUAAAUCGGUCGUUAAUUUUUAAUUACAGUACACGUAUUUAUUUAUUUCAUAUUUUUAAUCUGACAGCAACCAAAAUGGUCAGAAUAUAACAUUCCGUAACGAUCUUUAAGAUUAGCUAAGUUAGCUAGCUAGCUAAGCAUGCAGGGUUCGUUGAAAGUGGAUGUUGUCGCGCUGGUAUUAUAUACCUUUCGUGAAACAGACUGAGUGAAUUGUUGUUGUUUAUGCCCGUUGUCAUGGUUACAUAGUGUUGUAUCAAGUUUCGCCGAUUUCAUUUUUAACUGAUGUCAGAAAGAGUAGGAGAAAAUAUCAGACACCUUUCAGCCAAUCGUAAGCGAGUAUUUUUGCGUAACAAAUGAUGGAACAUAUGUACUGUAUUAUAUGAUGAACGCUGAUCGCACAGUCGCCUGACUUAUUAUUACGUAUUAUGAUUAAAACAACACACACACACACACACACACACACACACACACACACACACACACACACACACACACACA